AGAUUGGAUCACUCGUCCAUGGAUUGGAUGACAUAUGGGAUAAGAAAAAAAAGACAAAUGUCAAAUCACAAAAUAUAACCUGGAAAUCUCGGGGAAUGUUUAUAAAUUAUAAGACUUAAGCUAUUUAUUUAUUAACGAGGUAAUUACUAUAUGUAACCGUCUUUAUUGUUAAGUGUUUUGUUCUAUUGCCACCUGAGAUGGGUGCAUUAGCGGCAAAGGCCCUACGUCCCAUAAAAUCCUUCAACAUUGAAAAUCGAGCACAUCGGGUAAUAUCGAAAGAAAAACCUACGCCGGCGCCUAGAUAUGCAGCUAACCUGGAGGAUCUGAAGCGCGCUUUGGAGUCUGACCCUAAUUUAGAUGAGAAACUUGACAAAAAAGACCUAGGGCUUGACACAAGAUUGAAGAAUGUUUAUGUAACUUCUCAUGGUAAGCCUGAAGACGAUAUUACUCGCGAGAAACAGAACCCAGAUAGGCCAUUACCCCAAGACCGUGGCAUAGUACAAGACUUCGACUAUGGCUUCAAAGAACCAGAGAGAGUGAAAUAUGGACACACAACACUCAGAAAUGCUGUAGAGUUCAUUUCCGCUCAUCAAAUAGAUCCUAAAGAGGUCACAGUAGGUAAAAUAGCGCUCCAAUAUAAACUGAAGGAGGAAGAUGUAGAAAAUAUACUUAAAUACUUUAUAACUUAUGAAGUUUACUUACCGGAAACAAAGAAAUCCCCAGCAACAUUUGCUGGACCCGCUACUUUAAGGAAACAGUUGUACAAAGAAGAAGUGAAAGAGAUUGAAGGAGAGGCCCAGAAGAAACCUGAUGAGAAAGGCAACUUCUGGAAAUAUGAGAUUGAGGAGGGAAACAAGAACAGAUAAAUUACAUAGAAUGGAUGUUUUGUUGCAAAUACCUCUUAUAAUUAUUAUUUUGCAGGUCUCAACUAUUACAGAGUACAAUGUUAUUUAUUAACUUCCAAAUUAGUCCAAUAAUUAGAUAAUAUUUCAUAGACAAUUAUUGAACAGUGUACCAUUGGUUGAUAGAAGAGCAAAGUGAAAGAACAAAAUAUCAUAUUUUUUCAAAGUAAUGAAAGUAUGAUACACAUAGUUUAUUUGCCCAAAGGUUGAUUGGUAGAGAAUGCCUUAGGCAUUAAGUUUGCCUAUUGUACAUUGUGUUUCUUUGUUCAAUAAAUAUUAAAUUAACAAAUAAAUAUGUAGCAGUGGCAGAGCGUCAAUACAACUCGAUUCCAACAAUUCUCUAGUAUCUGUAGAAGUCCAUACAAGACAGAUUCGAAAAAACCCCUCCGGCUUUACCAACGAAUAUGUUCACACCCCGCCCUUGAUAUGUAGCUACUUGUUUGGAAGUAUAACCUAACAACUGGGCCAAAUAAUGCCAUAUUCUAUUACCACAGUUG